CAGGACCCCCCCCUGGGCCUGCCGUGCCCCUUCGAGGGGGUGGCCUGGACCCCCAGACCCCCCCAGGGGCCCCCGCAGGGCUGCUUCGCCUGCAUCGCUAAGCCCCCGGCUCUCCGGCAAGCUUCGCCCGUCCUGUCCCCCUCUUCCGCCGUUUAUCUCAUGGAGAGCAAGAGCUGCAAAGGGGACAGCCUGCGGCCGGCGGUCCCGUGCAAGCACUCCGUGGAGAAGAAGACGAUGACCAAUCCCACCACCGUCAUCGAAAUCUACCCUGACACCACGGAGGUGAAUGACUACUAUCUCUGGUCCAUCUUCAACUUCGUAUACCUCAACUUCUGCUGCCUCGGCUUCAUUGCCUUGGCCUAUUCACUGAAAGUCCGGGAUAAGAAACUCCUCAAUGACCUAAAUGGAGCAGUUGAAGAUGCCAAGACAGCCCGGCUUUUUAACAUCACCAGCUCAGCCCUUGCCACCUUCUGUAUCAUCCUUAUCUUCAUCUUUCUGCGAUACCCCCUCACUGACUACUAGAGUGAGGCCAACAGCAGCGGCCACCGCCAAAAUGCCUCUAUGCCAGAAGUGUCUGCAGUUUCUUGUAGCAAGGACGCAAAAAAAAAAACAAACAACCCACCACCAAACCCAAACACUCCACCUUGAUUGCAAAAAAA